UGGGAUAUAAAGGUAACCCCGUGGCCAUAGUCAGAGUCAAACCGAGCCGAAACGGCAUUGCAGUAACCGACAUGAAUCCUCUUUUCGCGUGUGCCUUCCUCGCCCUGGCCGGGCUCGCCGUUGCGGAGCCGCCAGUGGGCUACAACUACAACAGACCAAGUGGUGGACAUUCAUCAGGAGGUGGUGGUUACUCCGGAGGUGGUGGUUACUCCGGAGGUGGCGGUUACUCCGGGGGCGGUGGUUUCUCCGGGGGAGGUGGUUACACCCAGGUAUCCCCUGGGUUUCAAUCGAACGAGGGUGCCCAGGUGGAUGGUGCCCUCCUGGAGCAGAUCCGUCAGAUCCUCCUAAAGGAGGAGAGCCAGUCAGGUGGAUCCGGUGGAUCAGGUGGAUCUGGUGGAUACCCGAGCUCAUCUUACGGUGCCCCAUCUAGCAGCUACGGACCACCUUCAACCCAGUACGGUGUACCAUCGUUCGGUGGUGGCCGAGUUGUUGGAGUUGACCUCGAGGGCAUCAGACAGGCCAUUCAGGUCGCUCAGCUCCACCAGGUCAGCCAGGGAAGCGGUAGUUCAUUCGGUGGAUAUCCAAGUGGACCAUCUGGAUACCCCAGUGGACCCUCUGGCAGCUAUGGGGCACCCAGCAGGCCCAGCGGCAGCUAUGGUGCUCCAUUCUAAUCACCCAAUACCUUCGAUUCAACUCCCAACGGCACCUGAACCUCCUCACAGAGAAAAAAAUUCAGAGUCAAAUUUACCCUGGAAAUAAUCAAUUUUUACCAGAUCUAUCGCAUCUUUUGUCGCAAUGUUAGGGUGGAAAUGACAAAUUUUUUAAGAGGAAUAUAUUUAACUGUGAAUUUAUCUCUGUGGAAGAAACACCCAUGGAGUUCCGUGUGUGGACGCGGGCGUUCUCCAGCACGAGGACUCGAGAGGCCUCUUGUCAAUAUCACUGGGGCCUUGUCGUACCCCAAUUGAUGUAACCGAGAGCUUCCGAGGUUCAAGCCCAUCAGCAAUGCCCGAGGGAUGACCAGGAAAAUCAGGGAAGUGAAUCAAACAUUUCCAGGAUAAAUCGAGAUAACAAUCUGCCUUCAAUCCGGUGAAAGGACGAUUGAAAUGAUUAUCGAGGAGGGAUGUCGGACGGGAGCAACUUCAUAAAUGUAUCUCAUAUCUUCAUCUCCCCGGAGAUCAAGAGUGAUGGUAAUCAGAUAUAAGACCAUUAACCAAAAGAGACAAAACCAUAGACAAAAUAUCUGUGCGUCAGAUGUAGAGGACCAUUGAGGAGCAAGUUGGAGGGGAAUGAUCGUGAUCUUUGCGCUAAAUGCGCAUUCUGUAAAUAAAAUUACACACGCUUUUUUUUUUAUAUAAAAAUAUGUAAACACUGGGGACUGGGUUGGACGGUGUUGCCGGUAUAAUGUUGCCUCCAGUAAUGGCUAGAGUUCAGGUGAAAUUCACCCAUGAGAAAGGACAAGAUGAAAAUCCAGUGGAGUUGUGAUGCAACACCGGAAGCGCAGGAGGGCAGGAAGAGCGGUUUAACCGGAGGAGUCUUGUUCGGGCGAGAGUGAAAUUUUCCAGAGUCUUGAGGCGAUUAAGUCGGCGUUUUUUUUUAUCCUGGCGACGAGAACGUGGGCAAACUUAGGGCAUUCAAUUAAUGGCCACGUGAUCGUCUGCAGGAAAUUCUAAGACAUCGGAGGAAGAGGGACAGGGGAAACCGGAUGUGCCGUCUGAGCCAGUCGUCUUGAGGACAUACAGACGAGAAAUACUAUUUUUCUACUUAAUUCUUGUUUUACUUAAUCGUGCAUUUUUUAUACUUGUAUAAAGGCUUUUUUUUGUAGAAAAGAAAAAAAUAAAAAAACCGUCGCCACCGUUGAA